AUCAGCUCAGACUGGGCUCCUGGUAGGGCACCGACUGCGCAUGACCGCGGGUUAACUUAGAGCUGUGGCACGAGCGGACAAGUACAAAGAGGCUGCUGGCGCAGAGGGGACGUUCCGUGUGCGGCGGGCACAGACUGCAGCUUUGCACACUUUUGCGCAAAGUUAACGCAUUACCCAGCUUUUACCCUCCGAGACUCCGACCCCGAGCACAGAAAGGAGUCCGAGGAAAGGAGCUGCACCUCUAAAGGAGCCCGGGAAGCAUUAGCGUGGGGUUGCAGGUUGCAUGGUAAGCUGGACUUGCUGCAUGGCAGUCGCAUGACGGCACUGAGUCUUGUUGUUGGACUGAGAGCACGCAGCUGCACCCAUGGCUCAAACCGUGCAGGUGAACGGCAAUGGCCCAGAAAGAGGACAAAGAUGCCCAAGCACAGAAGACGAGAAGGACUCUGAGGCCCCCUACUAUGUUGAAACUCCUUAUGGUUAUCAGUUAGACCUGGACUUCCUCAAGUAUGUUGACGACAUCGAGAGAGGCAACACUAUUAAGAAGCUGAGUAUCCAGAGGAAGCCCAAAGUGGCCAAACCCUCGGUGGUGCCUCGGGGCAGCACUGGCGGGGUCGGCGCUCAGGCUGAAUGGACCUCCACAGACUCGCUGUCUUCCUCCAACAGCGACGGCAAACAGUCCCCGGUCUUCUUCACCAACAGGGCCACUGCUCCGCUGACCCCCACCCUCUCCAGGGCAGCCUGUGAGCUGCCUCUGCAUCAGCCGUGUUCAAGCAUCGCAGAGCAGAAACAGCUCCUCCCCCCGCCCUCGCCCAGGUUUGCCCCUCGGCACAACCCCCAAGUGGAGAAGACCCUCAUGGAGACCCGCCGUCGGCUGGAGCAAGAGCGUGCGCUUCUGCAGCCGCUAAGCGAGCCUCCGAUGCCCCGCCGGCGUCUCGCCAGCUUCGGUGGGAUGGGCUCCAGCAGCUCACUGUCCUCCUAUACUGGCUCCAUAGGCACAAGCCAGAUCUCUCCCAACACCUAUCAGACUCUGCCCAUCAACGGUCAUCUCCCUAAUGGAGAGUAUAACCCCUAUUACCCACCAUCCAGGGGCAGCUCCAUCCGCCACAGCCCCAUGAGCUCUGGCGUGGCCACCCCGGUAACUAACGUCAGCCCGUUACACCUGCAGCAAAUCCGGGAGCAGAUGGUCGUGGCGCUCAAGAGGCUGAAAGAGCUGGAAGAGCAGGUGAAAACCAUUCCCAUCCUGCAGGUGAAGAUUGCUGUUCUGCAGGAGGAGAAAAGACAGUUGGCUGCUCAGUCAAAAGGUCAAGGUCUUGGCGGCUUCCGCAAACGCUCCUACAGUGUAGGCUGCGCUGACCAAAUGGAAAACCCGGGCCCCAUCCAAAAGGAAACAGAGCUGCACAUCACUGAGCCAGAAGCCCAGGAGCAGAGCGCUCAGAGGCUGGAGGAGUUCAGACAGCUGGCUGCUGAAGUCCAAGCACUGGAAAAGACUUCCGAGGACAACGCAAAUGAAAAUCAGCCUCAAAACCUCACACAGAACCAAGCCCACCAAAAGUCUAUUGGCAUAGUUACUGAUCAAAAUAUGAAUAAUCUUCCAGCCACCCAAAGAAAGCCAGAGAAAGAACGCUGUUUUCAGGAUGCGGGGGUGUCUACAGAGCAGCUGGAAAUCCGGAGCACUGCCGUUGGCGUCACCGAAGCCAUGCUGGGCAUGAGCAGCGAAGCUGAGAAAGAGAUCGAGCUCCAGCAGCAGACCAUCGACUCCCUGAAGGAGAAGAUCUACCGCCUGGAGGUGCAGCUCAAAGAAACCACUCAUCAGAUGGAGAUGGGCAAGCUGAAACUGGAGCUCCAAGCUGCCGGUGGGUCAAACAAGAAAAAAGCAGACAAAGGUUUGAUGGUCAGGCCGGAGAUGUACAGCGUCUGUGUGGAGGCUAAAGUCCAGACACGCAGCCAGGGAGUGGGCGAGCAUCUGGAAUUCAGCCAUGUUAGCACUGCUAAAAGUCCACAGACUCUGAGUAGAGGAGUGUCCUGUCAGCCUUCUGUGCACAGCGUCGCCACAGGACCGGAUAUCCCCAUGGACUGGUGGGUGGUGCACGAACAGAUGGAGGUGUCUGACAAGUGUGUAGGGCGGCACGUGGAGACGUGCCAUCAGCAGGUCGGCGUGGAGCUCAGUGUUUGUGAGGUGGGAGUGAACACGGAGGAGUCGGUGGACAGCUUGACCCUCAGUAAACCCGCGGUGGAGGCAAGCAAGGAGCAGCGAUCUGUCGGCUGUGGAGACUGUUCGGUGGAUGUGAUCGUUAGUCCCAUCAAGGCGCUGGUGUCACAAGGAACUGAGACAGACCGUGUCAGUCAAGUGGACUCUGGAGUCACGGCGGCUCCGGAGUUACUGACUCAGGAGACCAGCACUGAGGCAGAAGUUGCACACAAAUACACAAACACGAAGCACGCUGUCCUCUCAGACUCGUUCACUCACAUGGAGUCGGUUACAUCGGAUAAGCAAACCAACACGGUGGUCACAGAAACCCGGACCGUCGCUGCCGGAGAAGGACUCGUCAAAGACGUUCACUCAACGGCAAAGAUGCGUUCGAUCGCCGUUGGAACCACCUCGGACGUGGAGCUCUUGCCCGGCAAAUUGAGCUCAACUAAAACCAAAGAAUGUGGGGUGGGGCCAGUGAGCGUCCAUGACAAUUUCUUGGUUGGCUUAAAAACCAGAAACAUAGCGUGUGGCCCCUCCCAGCCGGCCGAGUCUGUGGCGAGCAUCGGCACCCAGGAGACGGCGGAGGUGAAGCCUGCGCUGGCUGCCGUGCACGCUGAUCCGGCCACCCUGCAGGCGCACGGUGGCGUCAGCUUGGACCAUUACAUCGAGCGUGUGCAGAAGCUGCUGCAGGAGCAACAAAUGCUGCUGGCCGAGAACUACACCGAGCUGGCGGAGGCGUUCGGCCAGCCCCAGUCCCAGUUUGGGGUCAUCAACAGUCAGCUGGUCAGCACGCUGUCAUCCAUCAACUCGGUCAUGAAGUACGGGAGCGCCGAGGACAUCCUGAAGCUGCAGGCAGAGUCAAAAGAAGAGAGCAGUCAGCAGCUGUCGUCUGUCCGGGCAGAGUGCGUGGAGAAGUCACCUGACCUCACAUCAGCGGAUACGCCUGCGAACACGCCGUCGCAGCAGCAGAUCAGUGCAGCUGAGCAGAAGAGCCGCAUGGACCUCCAGAUGUCUACAGCGCUGCAUGGGCAGAGCACGCUGAAAUCCAUCAUGAAGAAGAAAGACGGCCGAGCCGACUCCAACGGCACCAAGAAGAACCUGCAGUUCGUCGGGGUGAACGGAGGAUACGAAACUACGUCAAGUGACGACUCCAGCUCAGAGGACAGCAGCUCCUCUGGGUCAGACGAAGAGGAGGAGGAUGAGGAGGAGGGGUACGGAGGAAAGGAGGAACACCAGAAAGUGGAGGGGGAGAGCAUGAGGGAGGAGUUCCAGCCUGAGGGAGCAGAGGACGUGGACAAGAAGGAUGACGAGGAAAGUUCAGAGAAUCGGGAGACGAGAGAGAGGUACGAGCUGAGUGAGAAGAUGUUGGCUGCAUGCAACGUUCUCAAGUCUCACCUCAGUGACCCCAAAGCUGUGACCAGCAAAGACCUGAGAGGCUGUCUCAACACGGUGCAGCACGAGUGGUUCCGCGUGUCCAGUCAGAAGGCGGCGGUGGCGGCCAUGGUGGAGGACUACCUGGGAGCUUACGCGGACUUCUCUCCCGCUGUGCUGCGCCACAUUGUCAACAUGGCCGACGGCAACGGCAACACGGCGCUGCACUACAGCGUUUCACACUCAAACUUCCAGGUGGUGAAGAAGCUGCUGGAUGCAGACGUGUGUAAUGUGAACCAGCAGAACAAGGCGGGAUACACCCCCAUCAUGCUCGCCGCACUCGCAGCCGUGGAGACGCCCAGGGACAUGCGUAUUGUGGAGGAGCUCUUCAGCAAGGGUGACGUCAACGCACGCGCCAGUCAGGCCGGCCAGACGGGGCUGAUGCUGGCGGUCAGUCACGGCAGGAUGGACAUGGUUCGAGCCCUGCUGGCUCACGGCGCCGACGUCAACAUCCAGGACGACGAGGGCUCGACGGCGCUGAUGUGCGCCAGCGAGCACGGCCACGUCGAGAUCGUCAAGCUGCUGCUGGCCCAGCCCGGCUGUGACGCCACGCUCAGCGACAGUGAUGAGAGUAGUGCUCUGUCCAUAGCUCUGGAAGCGGGACACAAGGACAUCGCAGUGCUGCUUUAUGCUCACGUCAACUUCUCCAAAGCCCAGUCACCAGGAACGCCUCGACUCGGCAGAAAAACGUCCCCGAGUCCGACCCGGAGGGGCAUGUUUGAUUAAACCCAGCCUCUCCUCUGCCCACAAACCCUGCGCUGCUAUUGGUUCUCAUGCACGACGCCUUACCCACCGCUGGAUUUACCCAAACAACCAAUGAGAUUUCUGGAUUUUCUUUUUUCUUUAAUCUAUGUGCACGUUAGCCUCCAUGACGAGCCCAAAGUGCCCUUUGAAUAUGAAUGUAAGCAGCUGGUGCAUCACAUCCACAGACUGUGGCUGAAACGUGUCCAAAGUCACUACUGGAGUUCAGACCAACCUUUAAACUAAAAUAUGCCCUUUUUUUUUUUUUUUUUAACUUGAUGCUCAGUGUUGAUCAUAAAGAGCACCAAACCCUCGUCAUUUGAUUUUAUUUUUAAUUUUGUUUGCGAGCGUCAGAGAUGGAGCGCGAUCCAGCCAUCCUGUACAUCCGCUGGCCUCGACAUCCCGGUCUCACAUCGUCGUGAGCUAAACUGGAGAAGUUUUACUUUUAUACAAAUGAUUUGUAUCUAUUUAAAAAGAAGAAUCACAGUAUUUUGAAUAUUUCCUUUUACUACUAAACAAUCCACGAGGUUAUAUAUUUAUCAGAGUAUAGUUUUUAAUGCAGAGAUGUAUUACUUUGUACAUACGGUGGUCGUUUGACUCUAGUUCUUUUUGUCUUCAUGUCCAGUUUCCUUCUGUGUAAAAUAAGAAGUUCUCUAGUAUUCAUCAAGGUACUGACUUUCAUGCUCACGUGAGAUUUGAAGUGCCUUAAACUUUACCAUGUAACAAUAAACACCAAUUAAAGAGUCUAAAUCCA